AAUUCCUGAGCAAGUGUUUACCAAUUGUUGAAUGCGAGGACAUGAGAGAUGAUUGCUCGCGGCGUAUAACCUCGAAUAUUUUCUCGAGUACAAAUAGUGAAAAUUCACAGAGAAUAUCGAUAAUCGAACUCAUUAUGAAUAGCAGCAGUGACAAUAUUAGGGUAAUCAAGAAAGAGCCGAUCGACGUUUGGCCAGAUGCAGGUGACGAUUGUAAUUUCGAUUCUGUACACAUUUGCGAAGUAAAAAACUUCAAAUCGUUCGAGCUUUUUGAAUCACCCAUAAAUCACAUGAAUGAGGUUAUGUCGUCACCGGAAACGUUACAUAAAAACAUACCAAUAGAGUAUAGAGAUAUGAAACCUGAACUGAAGUCUUUAACAACAACCAUCUGUAAAUGUGAGCAUCCAUCUAUUAUGAAAUUAGAAAAUAAAAAUCAAAUUAAUGAUACAAAUGAAAAUUUAUGCGUUGAAUUCGAGUGCAAAGAUGUUAAACUUAAAAUGAAGUCUUUGUCAGCAACCAUUGGAAAAUCAGAGUAUCCAAGUUAUCUACCUACUGUAAAAAUGGAAAACAAAAUUCAGACUCAUUACGAGAAUAAUAAAGAUCUGCCGAUUUUUAUGAAAAAAGAAGAUGAAAAGUUAGAAGUUUAUCAAGAGAAGACCCGAAACAAAUUAUCUGAUAAGUACAAAAUGAGUCGAACAACUUAUUCAGAAAAAAAGAAUGAAAAAAGAUACAUGGAUAAAAAACACAAGAACGUCAGCGAAUUCUUCGAGUGUAGCAUUUGUCACAAAUCAUUUGAUUGUAAAAAUAACCUCAAAUCUCACAUACAUUCAGUGCAUAAUCAUAGCCAAGGCUUCGAAUGUGAAAUUUGUCACAAAUUUUUUAAAUAUCAGAAAAACUUAAAAAGUCACGCAAAUGCAGUACAUAAUCCUGAAAACCCCUUUGAAUGUAAUAUUUGUCACAAAUCAUUUGGACACCAGUACUAUCUCAAAAAGCACAUAAAUACAGUACAUGAUCGUAUGCAAUCUUUUGAGUAUCAGAAUCAGAAAACAUGUCUCUAG